AUGGCAGUGAGCGCCAUGUCUGUUCCAGGAGAACGCACGGACAAUGUCGAUGCACUGGUGCGGCGACAGUUGCAAGCCAAUAAUCAAAAAUUGGAUCCACAUUCCCUUUCAAAUAACCUGGUCACUCGUGCUCUCAAGGAGAUUUACGAAAACUGUGCCGAGCCCGAUGAUGACGACAAUGACGAUGACGAUGGUCAUGGCGGCAAAGGCGGCAACGGUGGCAACGGUGGCUCUGGUGGCAACGGCGGCAACGGUGGCAACGGUGGCAACGGUGGCAAAGGUCACGGCGGCAACGGUGGCAACGGAGGCAAAGGUCACGGCGGCAACGGUGGCUCUGGUGGCAACGGCGGCAACGGUGGCAACGGCGGCAACGGUGGCAACGGCGGCAACGGUGGCAACGGAGGCAACGGCGGCAAAGGUCACGGCGGCAACGGUGGCUCUGGUGGCAACGGCGGCAACGGUGGCAACGGCGGCAACGGUGGCAACGGUGGCAACGGCGGCAACGGUGGCAACGGCGGCAACGGUGGCAACGGAGGCAACGGCGGCAAAGGUCACGGCGGCUCCGGUGGCAACGGAGGCAACGGCGGCAAAGGUCACAGCGGCUCUGGUGGCUCUGGUGGCAACGGCGGCUCCGGUGGCUCUGGUGGCAACGGCGGCAACGGCGGCAACGGCGGCAACGGCGGCAAAGGCCCCGGCGGCUCUCCUGGUUCUUCUGGUCCCGGCGGAAACGGCGGAAACGGCGGCAACGGAGGCAGCGGAGGCAGUGGGGGACAACCCAAGUCUCCGAACUCUGGUGGCCCCGGUGGCAAUGACGGCAAAAAGACCACCACAAUGCCGACACCAACCUCUAAAUCAAUGGUUAGAUCACGCUCCUCGACCAAGUCAAACUCCAAGUCAAAGUCGACAACAAAAAAGCCUUCCGCUCCGACUAAUAGCGGUGGCACUGGCGGGGGCUCUCCUUUCCCUGGAGGUGGCUCUGGUGGCGGCUCUGGCGGCGGCUCUCCUUACCCCGGUGGCCAACCAUGCCCUGAUGACUCCCCUGACUCUAAUCCUAGCGGCGGCAGCUAUCCCGACACGGGAAGCCAAGGACAAGAACCAUGCCCUGACGACGAAGCACCCGGUGGCAGCUAUCCCGACACGGGAAGCCAAGGACAAGAACCAUGCCCUGACGACGAAGCACCCGGUGGCAGCUAUCCCGACACGGGAAGCCAAGGACAAGAACCAUGCCCUGACGACGAAGCACCCGGUGGCAGCUAUCCCGACACGGGAAGUCAAGGGCAAGAACCAUGCCCUGACGACGAAGCACCCGGUGGCAGCUAUCCCGACACGGGAAGUCAAGGACAAGAACCAUGCCCUGACGACGAAGCACCCGGUGGCAGCUAUCCCGACACGGGAAGUCAAGGACAAGAACCAUGUCCUGACGACGAAGCACCCGAGGGCCAAGGAGGCUAUGGCGGCGGCGACGGCCCUGGCUUUGAAGGUGAUGGCGAUGACGUUGGUGACGGCAACGAGUGGUAA